GGUUCCCUAAGAGCAAUUUUGCUCAACAGCUCGUGUUACCCUCUCUCUCGCCCCCCCCAUCUUUUCCCUCCUUCAAACCCUAACCGAUCCCCACAACCCUAAUUCCACCUCCCCCUCUUCACAAAAUCAACCCUUUGAAUCAAACCCACCACCACCCCAUGUACAUAGCUUGAUUGCCCUCCUCAUUUUCCCAAACCCCAGAGCCCAAAAUCGAAAGGGGGGUUCGAAUUCUAGACCAUGUAUAGGGAACGCGGAGGUGGGUCGUCGAAAACAGAGCUCGUCGGUGGGCCGCUGGACCGCAAGCGCAUCAACGAUGCGCUGGACAAGCACCUAGAGAAGUCCUCCCCAUCCACAUCCAGAGCUUUGGCCAAUAGUAAAGACAAAGAGAGGCUCUCUGUGCCCUCCACUUCCGCCGGAAAGUCUCAGCUCGAUCACCGCGCCGCCGCCGCCGCCGCCGCCUCGCUCGCCAAGAACAAGUGCUCCGAUGAGGAAUCUGAGACGGACAGUGAAGAAUCAGAUGUCAGUGGUUCUGAUGGAGACGACACAUCUUGGAUUUCAUGGUUCUGCAAUUUGCGAGGAAACGAAUUUUUUUGUGAAGUCGAUGAUGAAUACAUCCAAGAUGAUUUUAAUCUCUGUGGUUUGAGCAGUCAAGUUCCAUAUUAUGAUUAUGCUCUUGAUCUGAUUUUAGAUGUUGAAUCUUCUCAUGGUGAUAUGUUCACUGAAGAGCAGAAUGAGUUGGUUGAAUCAGCAGCGGAGAUGCUGUACGGUCUUAUUCAUGUUAGAUACAUAUUGACAAGCAAAGGAAUGUCUGCAAUGUUGGAGAAAUACAAAAACUAUGACUUUGGAAGAUGUCCAAGAGUUUACUGCUGUGGACAACCCUGCCUUCCAGUUGGUCAAUCUGACAUUCCUCGAUCAAGCACUGUAAAAAUAUACUGCCCCAAAUGCGAAGAUAUAUAUUACCCUCGAUCCAAGUACCAAGGCAAUAUUGAUGGAGCUUAUUUCGGCACCACAUUUCCGCACCUAUUCUUGAUGACGUAUGGACACCUUAAACCACAAAAGGCUUCACAGAGUUAUGUGCCAAGAGUUUUCGGCUUCAAGCUCCACAAACCAUAGGCAUGUUGCAAACUGCUAAACUUGUCAUGAGAUCUUCCAUUGACCAUCCUUGGUCCUUAUCUUGCUUCAUGCCUCCAUUGAUAAAGGCGUGGGUGUAAGAAGUGAGGUAGAUGCUGUAGCUCCUAAUGUACGAAGAGUGAUCUACCAUUGGAAAUGUUUAAAGAGCAAAUUGCCCUAUUAUAGGAGCAAACCUUGUCUUUGAAUUUAAUCGUGAAAUUUACAGAGCACUUGUAAGAUUAUUUUGUAUCGUUGAUUGAGAUUGACGUGCUUUACAUUUGCACCUUCCUGGUUUUUCAUUCCUUUUACUAUGAUUAAUCAUGCUUCAAAUCUGUCCA